AAGCGCGGCUGGGAUAUAAGGAGCCACGCCGGGGCCGGGGCCGCACUCGGUGCGUCUCUUCCCCUUGGUCGCCGUCUGCCAGCAGCCGCCAUGAAGCUGCUCCUGCUCCUCGGCUUGGUGAGCCUGGCCCAAUGCUUCGCCCUCAGGGUCCCUCUGAGGAGAGCGAAGUCCCUGCGGCAGUCCCUGAAGGAGCACGGCUUGCUGGAGCAGUACCUGAAACUGCACCCCUACGACCCGGCCGCCAAGUACUUCCCCUCCCUCUUCUCCUCCGAGCCCCUGCAGAACUACAUGGAUAUGGAGUACUUCGGCGCCAUCUCCAUCGGUAGCCCAGCCCAGAAGUUCACCGUUAUCUUUGACACGGGCUCCUCCAACCUGUGGGUGCCCUCGGUGUACUGCUCCAGCCCGGCCUGCAAAAACCACAAGCGCUUCAACCCAGAGCUGUCCUCCACCUUCGUCGGCACCAACGACAGCCUCUACAUCGCCUACGGCACUGGCAGCAUGACCGGCGUCCUGGGCUACGACACCGUCACCGUCACGAACAUCGAGGUGGUCAACCAGAUCUUUGGGCUGGCUGAGACCGAGCCUGGCACCGUCUUCUACUACGCCCACUUCGAUGGCAUCCUGGGGCUGGCUUUCCCCAGCAUCUCCUCCUCCGGAGCCACCCCUGUCUUUGACAACAUGAUGACAGAACACCUCGUGGCCAGGGACCUCUUCUCUGUCUACCUGAGCAAGAACGAGCAGAGAGGCAGCUUUGUCCUCUUUGGUGGCAUCGACCCCUCCUACGUCACCAACGGCAUCAGCUGGAUCCCCCUCUCUGCUGAAACCUACUGGCAGAUCACCAUGGACAGUGUCUCCGUCUCUGGGGAGCCCGUUGCCUGCUCCGGCGGCUGCCAGGCCAUCGUGGACACAGGCACCUCGCUGCUGGCCGUGCCCAGCCACGCUCUCAACACCCUCCUGGGCGCCAUCGGCGUCGGCUCCAACGGCGAGAUCAGCUGCAACGCCAUCAGCAGCCUGCCCAACAUCGUCUUCAACAUCAACGGCCAAGCCUUCCCCCUGUCGCCCAGCGCCUACGUGAUACAGAACAGCGGAUACUGCAUGCUGGGCCUCCAAGGCAUGAACGCCCCCACGGAGUCGGGCGAGCUCUGGAUCCUGGGGGACGUCUUCAUCCGCGAGUACUACGUGAUCUUCGACAGGGCCAACAACCAGGUGGGGCUGUCACAGCUGCAGUGAGCGCACCUCCGUGCUGGGGACGGGGACAGGCAGCGCGCCCCACUGCCCUGGCGUCCCCAGCUUGGUGGCUGGCAGGGCUGACCCUGGCCCAGCGCUCCCGUCCCCUCCUGCCAUGGCCACCGAGUACAAUAAAUCCGUGAAGCAGCA